AUGGCCACCGAGAACUACGACCCGUGCUACCCGGACCAACCGGUGGUGCACCGGUACCUGCCCGUGUGGGCCAAGCUGCCGGCGUUCGGCGCCAAGCCGGCAUUCGUCUGGGCCGACGACGACGCGGCCACCGGCGACAUGUCGUACACGGCACUCACGUACUCCCAGCUCGACACCGCCGUGGAGCGCAUGGCGUCCGGGCUCCUCGGCCCGCUCCGGCGAGGUGACACCUUGCUCGUGCUCGCCUCGCCGGGGCUCCGCCUCGUCAAGCUCCUCUUUGCGUGCCAGCGCGCGGGGCUCACGGCGGUGCCCGUCAUACCGCCCAACCCGUCCAGGCCCGGCCCGGCGCACGCGCACCUCCUGCGCGCCGUGUCGCAGACGAGGCCCUGCGCCGCUGUUGCCGACGCUCGCUACGUCGACGCCGUUGCUGGCGCGUCGGGCAGGAUCGCCGCCGCGCUGAGCGGACUGCGGUGGCUGUCCGUCGAGGAGCUGGAGCUGGAGGGAGGAGCUGGAGCCACCAUGGCGGGGUGCGGGCCGGACGACACGUACCUGAUCCAGUACACGUCCGGCGCGACGGGCAUCCCGAAGCCAGUGGUUGUCACGGCCGGAUCGGCAGCCCAUAACGUGCGGGCUGCGAGAAUGGCUUACGACCUGGGCCCGGCCAGCGUGAUCGUGUCGUGGCUGCCACAGUACCACGACUGCGGCCUCAUGUUCCUCCUCCUCACCGUCGUCUCCGGCGCCACCUGCGUGCUAGCCUCCCCGGACGCCUUCCUCCGCCGCCCGCGACUCUGGAUCGAGCUCAUCUCCGAGUUCAGGGCGACGUGCACGCCCGUUCCGUCGUUCACGCUGCCGCUAGUGCUCAGGCGCGGCGGCGAGCGCACAGCGUUAUCGCGGCGACCGGUGCAGCUCGGAAGCCUACGGAACCUGAUCCUGAUAAACGAGCCGAUCUACAAGGCGUGCGUGGACGAGUUCGUGCACGAGUUCAGCCGCGACGGGCUGCACGCCGGGUCCAUCUCGCCGUCGUACGGCCUCGCCGAGAACUGCACGUUCGUGUCCACGGCGUGGCGGAGCACCAGCAAGCGCGCGGAAGAGCUCCCAUCGUACAAGAAGCUCCUGCCGUCCGCGAGGCUUUCGUCUUCCAUGGCGCACGAAGCGCCGGAGAUCGAGAUCGCCGUGGUGAACGAGGAGAGCGGCGAGCCGGUGGCGGACGGCGGAGGGGAGGUGUGGGUUUCAUCACCGAGCAAUGCGUCGGGAUACCUCGGGCACCCGUCGGCGAGCCUCAAGGCGUUCUGCGCGAGGAUGCCGGGGAGGUCCGGGUCAUCAUGCUUCGUGCGCACGGGCGACCGCGGCGUGAUCACGGGGGCGGAGCGGUACCUGUACAUUGUCGGCCGGAGCGUCGACGUUGUGAACGUAGCAAUGAAAGACGGCGGGGCGCGCCGAGUGCACGCGCACUACAUCGAGACGGUGGCAUUCGGAAGCGCGCCGGACCGCCUGAGAGGCGGAUGCAUCGCCGCUUUCACAGCGCCAGCGAUAGCGUCACCCGAGCAAACAACGUGCGUCGUCGCGGAGCUGCAGAAGGGCGGCGGCCGGGGUGAUAACAGAGGUCUCUGCGAUCGCAUGAGGCGAGCAUUGUGGGAGGCCGAAGGUGUGAGGGUUGGGCGGCUGAUGUUGGUCGAGACCGGCGCGGUGCCCAAGACCACAUCGGGGAAGGUGCGUCGUGGGGCAGCAAGACAGAAGCUGAUCGCCGGUAAGUUUCCGGUGGUUUUCGAGGCAGUGUAUGACGACGGUAAUGGCGAGGGGUCAGUGCGUGGGGUAGGCGAGGAGGAGAGCCAAAUGGAGGAGAGGUGUGCGGCGAGCUGGGUGGCAGGGGAGAGUGGGGAUCCAGCCAUAGCCACAGCCUUUGGGAGUGCAAGUGGCCGUCUUCGCACGCGAUCGUUUCUUUGA